CGCAGUCUUUGUGCGUGUUGGACAGAAACAAGAUUUGAGUUCACUGUCCAAAAGUCUUUACCAGACAGUCCAAACUUGCUCAUCAAAGACAUGGAAGCUACGGCUCUCCAGGAGGAAGAAAAUCUUAUUCUGGCAAAUGAUGAGGAUUACAUUCCUUCUGAAAGAGAAACCCAAGACUUUGCCUGGGACAUUGGCAUCGAUCCUGAUCAGGAGCCAGAACUCAUGUGGUUGGCAGAGGAGGGUCUCCUGGCCCCGCUGCCUGCUGAGUGGAAACCUUGUCAGGAUGCAGCAGGGGAGACGUAUUUCUUUAACCUCUCCACAGGCGAGUCCACCUGGGGUGAUCCCUGCAUAGAGCUCUACCGACAAAAGGUGCUCCAGGAGCGGGAGUGUGCAAAGUCCCACAGCAUCUACUCCAGCAAUAAAGGGAGGAAAAAUAAAGAAAAGAAGGGGAAGAAGGGACAAAAGGACAGGGAUCGCCUCAAUGUCCUUCAAGAUAGUGAGGUCAAGAAGGCCAGCGAGUCGGUUCCCAUGAAGAGGUACAUGAAGCCGGAGCAGCAGGACGGUGAAGCCAGUGACACCGGUGGGAUCUGCAGGUGUAGUAAGGACUCCUGUCACUCAAGUUCCAGUGCGAAGCUGCACAGGGGCAGCGUGAACCUAGGAAGGGAGCCAGAGGAGCAGCUGAGAUUGAGGCAGGAGAUUGAGAUUGAAGUCAAACUGAAGUGGGAGAAGGAUCUGCAGGACAGACUGCAGUCCCUGCGCGACGACCUGAGGAAGCAGGAGGAAGAGGAAGUGCAGAUUCUGCAGAAGGAAAUGGAGGAGAGAGUCCAGGCCCUAAAGCAGCGUCUGCAAGAGGACGAGAUUCAGGAGGAGGCGACGCUGAGACAGAAGUUACAGCUCCACCUGAAGGAGUUACAGGACUCUGCCCUACAAGAGAGGGAGGCCCAGCAGCAGAAACUGAGAGAGGAGGAGGCAGAACAGUUACAGAGGCUGCAAACAGAAAGGGAGGAGAGAGUCCGGGAGGAAAGGGAAUCCAUGCUGCUACAGUUACGGACAGUGACUGAAGUGGAAAAGGAGAAGCUGGCGGAAAGGAGGAAGGCUGACUCGGAGGCCCUGAGGCAGGAGAACAAGGAGCUGCUGCAGGCUGACGGGCGGGAGAGAGACGAGCAGCUUCGUGUUCUCAGAUCGGAGAAUGCGUCUCCCUGUCGCUCUGUGCCCACACAGCUGGGGGGCCUGUUACAGGAGGCGAGGCAGGAUGUGCAGCAAGAGCACGAGCGGAUGAUGGAGCUCCUGAGAGAGGAGCACCACAAUGAGCUGAGGUCCAUCAGGGAGAAUCACCUAUUAGAGAGAGAGAAGCUCCUCUCGGUUCUACAGGAGGAGAGGAGGAGACUGCUGGCUGCCCACAGCUCCCAUCAGGAGGACCUGCGCGUGCAACUCGAGUGGAAGCUGCAGCAAAUGCUUCGGGAGCGGACGUUCAAGGAGGCUGCGGUCAAGGAGCAGAGUCAGCAGCUCGAGCUCAAAUCCAAAGAGCUAAAGGCCCAGACUGCAGCACUGCAAGCCCAGGUGGAAAAUCUUAAAAUGAGGAGGCAGCAGUUGGGUGAUCAGGAAAAUGAGAUACAGAGAGAAAAUGAGCAGGCGAGAGAUGGUGCUCAGGGAGAGUGUGGCCACCUGAAGGAUGAGGUGGACAGACUAAGGGAAGAGAGGGACAGAGCGAGGGAGGAGGGUCAGAUGCUGAAAGAGGAAAAACUCCGACUAGAGAACAAAGUGGAUGUUUUGCAAGAGCGUUUGCAACAACUGAGCUGCAGAAUCGGCAAUCUGAAGUGCUGCGAGAGCACAAGGCAGCCUGUCAACAAAUCCAGUGUGAGCAGCACGGAAGCCCAUGACAGCACAGAAUCUCAGCCUACAGUGGCAGCCAAGGUGCAACAGUUGACCGAGUCCACACAGCAGACAACAGCCCAGAUGAACACCGUUUUAGGGGCUUUGGACUCCUUUGCUCAGAGACAAGUUCCAUUAUAUACCUCCUUCCACACACCUCCCCACCAUUCUGACAGACACAUGGCAAACACCGUGAUGCCUUCGGCACACUUUGGGUACACACCAGCCAGAGACCCGCCCUGUUGCACGUGCUAUACGCUGCCCAGCUUAGCAGAAGUGGACAACCAGAGAGUACAAAAUCUGAUUGAGAGCAACCGAAGGUGGCUGGAGAGCCGCAGAAGAAACUCAAACAUACUUCAACCGAACAUGGAAAGAGAACUGCUUGAUAUGCCAGCAAGAUCUGGAAAAGCAGAACAAGAGACGUUGCUGAUGUUGCAUGAUGGGUUAAAAUGGAGAGAGUACUCAGAAAAAGAGGAGACAAGACAUUUGAUUAUCCUUAUGAAGAACUUGUACAAUGAACAAGAGGCCACAGUUAAACGAAUUCGAUUCUAACCUAAUGGUGUCCAACAGGCAAAUGAAAUAUGGAUGUGGAACUCGGACCUUAAAAAACAAGCUAGG